AUGGCCAUCUCUCUGGACGAGAUCGAAGUUCACACGCCAUCUUCCUUCCAAGCCGGGCGUAUGCCCAAAUGCACCACCCGCGCACACCCCGUUCCGCAGGACACUUCCUUCGCUGCACCACACACACUUGCCUUCCCCCAGCCCACUGCUCCGCGAACCCAGCUGAAUCCCCUUCCCCCGAGGCCGUCAGUGGCGGCCGACCCCCCUCUCCCUAGAUCCGGACUCCUUCUCUCCACACCUCCCCAGCACCCAUUGCCCCCCAAGCCCCAGCCCCCGACGAUGUCCACAUCCGGGCCCCUCUGGGGAUUAAGCGAAAAACAGGAGCAGCAUGCACCGGCACGGGUGCCGGACACGCGUCCUGGCUCUGCAUUCGACAGGGCAUUCGAGGAAAUUGAGGUCCUCGACCUGACGGGGACCAGUUCCGUCAGCGACGAAGCGCCGGGGUACCCGUCUGGGGAUGCUUAUGUGGAGCCUGUCGGUGAACGCGUCCCCAGGGCCCAGUUGGUCGAAUGUGUCGACCUGCCCGUUAGCCCGCUCGAAGGCGACAGAGCCGCGCUGGACGACAUGAGGCAACCAGACUCAUCAGGCGAACCCGUCUCGAUCGAUUCUGACGACCGCGGCGGCGUUCGUAAUCCACUGGAAAUCGGGUACCGCUCGAGUCCCCGGAAGUCUCGUGGUGACGCUCAGACGUCUCGAAUGUGCCUCGACGGCCAGAAAGAUGGCGCGAGGAGGAAAGGGCAACCGCGGCCGCCUCCUAUGGUGGCGGUCCAGGUACAGAUACCUUCACGCCGUAAUUCCGUGCGGGUUGACUCCAGUCGAGCCUCGACGACUGUCGACAGUGAAGUUGCGGAUAGUGAAGAUGCGGACCGUGAUGACACCGGAGACAGCGACUCACUCAGCGGGGAAGACGAGAGCUACGCGUGUGCCGCGCCAUCGAAACGGCGCAGGAUAUCUACGCCUCCGAACCCGGCGAAAACCCAAGGUGCCGUAACCCGCCUCCUCGCUGCAACGAGUGUGAGGAAAGAAGCUCGCGUUGCGGAGGGUCCUCGCGGCUCCGGCGUCGCGUUCACAGAGGAGGAACUCAAGCUGGCGGCUGCCGUCACCUCUGCCGUGAUGGAGGUCGUGGCCAAGCACCGUAUGGGCCGCUCACUGGCCGACGUGAGUUUAGCUCGAGUUGCGACGAGCGCGACGGCGUGUGUAGAUGGCGCAGAGCGUGGGUCGAGUAAGGGGUGCGCGGACGCCGGUGGCGCCGUGUCUAGCAAGGGAAUGGAGGAGAGGAAGUGGAAGAGGGGUCGAUGGUCCAGGGACGAGGAUGCGCUCCUCCUACCUCUGGUCCGGGAGUGCCGUCCCUUGGCCGAAGUCGCCGUCGAGAGACUUUUUCCUCUAAGAAUCCCUUCGUCCGUGGAGAAGAGGUAUGCAGCCUUGCGAGAACAGGAGAAGAAAAAGGAGAGGGAGAAGGAGAGAGGGGGCAAGAAGCUCAACGACAAACGUUUUGGCUACCGCGUCAGCGGCAAGCCCCCUCAGCCCCGCACCCCGGCCCGUACCGCUGGCUUUAACAUCCGCGCCGUCCGCCCCGUUAAGGCCUACGGCCAGCUUAAACCCUGCCCCAGAGCCCGUUGA